AUGCUGGGGGGCCAUGCAAGUGUUGCAGGCGUUCAUUCCUAUAAUAAGGACCAAAGUCAGCGGCCGACAGAAGGAAAAAAAAAGAAAAAAAGAAAAGAAAAAAGAGAAACUUCACCAACGACAAUUGCGAUGGCUCCUCCAUCAGGCAUUAUCGUUCCCUUGUACAUCUAUCCACUGUCGCCUACAACAUGGGCCCCACUGUACGACUCAAUAUCCGCCUAUCCCAACCUUCAUUUCGUGGUCAUUGUGAACCCCAAUAGCGGACCGGGGUCUUCCCCAGCCCCAGACGCCAACUAUGCCCGGGAAGUCGCCAGACUCAAUAGUUAUGCGAACGUGGACACGGUUGGCUACAUCGCCAUUCGCUACUGCAAGAAGCCCCUCCAAGAAGUCUUGGAAGAAAUCCAGACAUAUGCCACCUGGGCCCAUGAUUACGUGAGGACUGGUCUGGGCGUGGGAGGGAUCUUUCUCGACGAGACCCCAAACCAUUACUCCUCCGAAGCUGCCGAGUACCUGGCCAUCUUACAGGCUUCUAUCAAAAGCACGCCGGGCUUUUUAGCUCAUCGAUUGGUUAUCCACAACCCAGGAACACCGCCUGAUGCUGCCCUGGCUAAUCCAGAGCCCGAUCUGAUCCUGACUUGCGAGGAACCUUAUUCUCGCUAUCGAUCGAAUGAAGUUCAGCGUCGCCUCCGCCAGCUGCAUUACGAUCGGACCAGGUGUGGGUAUGUGAUACACUCCGUCCCGAUACAUCACCUGCGCCCCUUGGUGCUGGAAUUGCGUUAUAGGGCAGCAUAUCUUUUUGUUACUGAACUAUUCGGUGAGUUUUACGAGCGAUUUGGGCCCAAUAGCUGGACUGUGUUCAUAGAGGCAUUGCAGCCGACUUGA